CAGGCGCAGGCGCUCUGCAGCCGCCUUGGAGUCCGCAGUGCGCAAGCGCGCAACAUCUCCGUUUCCCUCCCCUCAGCCCCUUCCCCCCCUCCCUCCUUUCCCCUUCGCGAAGCCGGCUCCGGGGCGCGCUCACCCCUGAGAGGAGACCGGAGGCUGCACUCGGGAGGAGCCCUCUCCACUCCCGGGAGAUCAUGUACCACCCCAGCCGGGGGGCGGCCCGGCGACUCGGCCCCUGCCUCCGGGCCUACCAGGCUCGACCCCAGGACCAGUUUUCUCCACGGACUCUACCAUUCCCACCCCUCUGGCCCCAUUCUGUGACAGCCACUUCCCCAUCUUCUCUUCUCUGGUUCCCCCCACACCCACGGCCUCCCACUCAGGCUCUUCCCAGAGCUCCUCCACUACCUCUCCCUCAGGUCCAGGCCCUCAACUCAGCAUGGGUGGUUCUACCUCCAGGAAAGGGGGAGGAGGGACUGGGACCUGAGUUGCACAGUGGUUGCCUGGAUGGACUUAGGAGCCUUUUUGAUGGACCUCCCUGCCCCUAUCCUGAGGCUUUGAUACCUUUCCAAGCUCCUGGAACUGCCUGCCCUUCCCCUGCCACUCCAUCAGGAGAUCCUAGUAUGGAGGAACACCUGGCUGUCAUGUAUGAGAGACUGAGGCAAGAGCUUCCCAGCCUUUUCCUUCACUCACACGACUAUACUCUAUAUUCAUCGGAUGUUGAAUUCAUCAAUGGGAUCCUGAACAUACGAACCAAAGGCCGAACAUGGUAUAUUCUGUCACUGACCCUUUGCCGCUUCCUGGCCUGGAACUAUUUUGCACAACUUCAGUUGGAAGUUCUACAGCUGACCCGCCAUCCACAGAAUUGGACCCUGCAAGCCCGCUGGCGGCUCACAGGACUGCCCAUCCAUAUGCUCUUUCUGCGUUUCUACAAGCGUGACAAAGAAGAGCUUUAUCGGACCUACGAUGCCUAUUCCACCUUCUACCUGAAUUCCAGUGGCCUCAUUUGUCGUCAUCACCUAGACAAACUGAUGCCUUCACAUUCACCUCCAACACCUGUCAAGAAGCUGCUAGUGGGAGCACUGGUGACCCUGGGGCUAUCAGCAGAGCCGGAGCCCAACUUACAUGUGUGUUCUAAGGCCUGAUCCAGGAACUCGGAUGAAGGCAGCACUGAAGACUGCUACGCACAAAAGGAGAUGGAGGCAGCCAAGAAUCUCCAGAGCCAGCUGCCUCCCCUCGUUUCUCUCCUUUCUUCCUUUCCAUCUCAUGCUGUGUAAAGCUGCUGUGUAAUUUAACUUGUAAAUAAUAAAGUUUAAGUGACGAU